AGCCGGGGCUGUGAUUGCGGCUAGCAGAUGUCAGUCCCGCAGCGAGCGCCGGUGGCGGGGCGCGCGGCCCGGCUAGCAGCCGCAGGUGGGGCUGCUCCCGGCGAGGGACCUAACUCGGGAGCCCCGGAGCCCCGCAGCCCCGCGGACAGUAUCCAGGAUGCCCCGCGGGGACUCGGAGCAGGUGCGCUACUGCGCGCGCCUCUCCUACCUCUGGCUCAAGUUCUCGCUGGUCAUCUACUCCACGGUGUUCUGGGCAAGCAUUUCAAAGAGAAAAUAGUGAAAUGCAAGCAGAAAGUGACUUCACCCUGGAGAAGCAGCCACCAUGCCUAAGAGGCUGUCAGAGAAGACCUGGAAGCAAUGGGACUGGGGUCCCCUCCCCCAGCCUGGCCGAGGGGCCUUAAAAAUCCAGAGAAUCAAGAAGGCAGACCUGGAAGGGAUUUGGAGAGCCUUCCAAUGCACCCCUUUUGCCGAUGAGCAAACUAAGGCCUCGAGAAAGUUCCUUUGCUCUUAGCUUAGGCUUCGGUGCACCAGCCCUUCUCUCGCUGUAGGAGAGGCAUUGUUUUAAAUUGUGGGACUGGAUUGGGACCUCGCCAUCUUUGGUUGUUUGUUCCUGAGAAGCUGAGAAGCAGGAGUAACCACCCGCCCUCCUUCGUGCCCCUGCCUGGCGCCUCUUCUCUCCAGCUGAUCGGGGGCCUGAUCCUGUCGGUGGGGAUCUACGCAGAAGUUGAGCGGCAGAAAUAUAAAACCCUUGAAAGUGCCUUUCUGGCCCCAGCCAUUAUCCUCAUCCUCCUGGGGGUCAUCAUGUUCAUCGUGUCCUUCAUUGGAGUGUUGGCUUCCCUCCGCGACAACCUGUGCCUUCUCCAAGCGUUUAUGUAUAUCCUUGGGAUUUGCCUCAUAAUUGAGCUCAUUGGUGGCGUGGUGGCCUUGAUCUUCCGGAACCAGGUAGAUGUUUAUCACUAUAAACUUCCUUCUUGUGACUGUUUCCGCUGCAUCCCCAAAGUCUUGACCAUCGACUUUCUGAAUGACAACAUUCGAAGAGGAAUCGAGAACUACUAUGACGAUCUGGACUUCAAAAACAUCAUGGACUUUGUUCAGAAGGAGUUUAAGUGCUGCGGCGGGGAAGACUACCGGGAUUGGAGCAAAAACCAGUACCACGCCUGCGACGCCCCCGGACCCCUGGCCUGCGGGGUGCCUUACACCUGCUGCGUCAGAAACACGACAGAAGUUGUCAACACCAUGUGCGGCUACAGAACUAUUGACAAGGAGCGCCUCAGCGUGCAGGAUGUCAUCUACGUGCGAGGCUGCACCAACGCCGUGAUCAUCUGGUUCAUGGACAACUACACCAUCAUGGCGGGCCUCCUGCUGGGCAUCCUGCUCCCCCAGUUCCUGGGGGUGCUGCUGACAGUCCUGUACAUCACCCGGGUAGAGGACAUCAUCAUGGAGCACUCUGUCACCGACGGGCUCUUGGGACCUGGUGCCAAGGCCAGCGUGGAGGCGGCAGGCACAGGAUGCUGCAUGUGCUACCCCAACUAGAGCCCCGGCCUGGGGCAGCAGCUCCCGCAGGACCGUGCCGCGACAGCACCGCUCAGGCCACACCGCAGUGGCCGGACAGGACUGUGGGUCCUCUCCGCAGACUUGGCACUGUCCAAAGCCCCGGCUGUGUUUUGCUCUGGCGGCCUGCUCGGACCUCCCACGGCCGCUGCCUCUCUGGGGAGCGGAGGCCCUCCCCAGUCCCGGGGUCCUGUGCCUGCCCACACUCUAGGGGCGGACAACAAGAGCGUCCCUUCUCCAGGCCUGGGCCACCGGGCAAGGGGGUGCCCAGCGCCCAGCUCAGGGCCCGUGGCAUUUCUGGCAGUGCCUUGGCCUGUGGUGUUUAUGCCCAUUUGAAGGCGAUUUUGUAGCAAUUUGUACGCGAGGAGGGAGGAGAGCAUGGGUGCCUGGUGGUGGAGAGGGCGUGUGGCCCCCAGGCGCCCGCAGUCCCACGGCCACACCCCGGAGGCCAGGCUGGGCCCAUUUCCCAGCCUCCCAGGAACCUCGAGCCCUCCCUAAGGCUGCUGCUUUGCUGACCCUCUUUUUUACGUGAUUUUUGUAACAUUUUGUACAUGGUUAACAGGAGUUUCUGACUAAUCAAAGCUGGGUGUGUCCCCACACACCCCACUUUUGCCCCUCCAAUCCAGUUUAUUAAUCAAACAAUAAAAUUUGAUUUUUUUUU